UAUUUUAUCAAGAAUUGAAGGCUGCCUUAACUCACGACCCUUAAGUCCUGCUAGCGACGACCCAAACGACCUUUCCCCUUUGACACCUGGUCAUUUCUUAAUAGGAACACCUAUUCUUACCCCAGCUGAACCAGACAUUUCAGAUACAGAUUUAAGCUUAGUCAAUCGUUGGAAAAGACUCAAAGUUAUUUCGCAUUAUUUUUGUAAUAGAUGGAAGUUAGAAUAUCUUCACGAACUUCACAGAAGAACUAAAUGGAAAUAUGAAAAGGAGAACAUCAAAGAAGGAGAUUUAGUUGUCGUAAAAGAUGAUAGAUUGGCUCCGCAUGAAUGGAAGUUAGGUCGUAUCGAAAAAACGUAUCCAGGUAGUGACCAAAAUACCAGGGUUGUAGACAUACGGACGGCAAGUGGCAACAUUAGCAGACAAUUACAAAAAUUGUCAAAUUGUUUUCCGACUGACUAGUCGGAUUCCCACUCAAAAAAGAAUUUAGUACUCGCCUCAAUUUCUUUUCAGAUAUGGCCGCUUACUUGCCUAACCAGGACUGCCGUCUGGACGAUCGCAACCGUAGCCCAGACUCACCUGCCCGUCCCACAGCAAGAAGCGCCAAUCGACCCAUCCAUCGUCCCAGUUCCACAUCCCCUGAAAGGCGACAGAGAAGUCGAUCCGACGUAAGACCCCGCCAACGCCAAGAAAGACCAAGCUACUGGCAAUAUUCAUGUGGGCUCUGCCAAGAUGACCAUGCCCUCAGUGCCUGUGAGAGGUUCCGCAGACAGACGCCCUUCCAGCGUUAUGAGACCGUGGAGCGUCGGGGGUAUUGCCGAAAUUGCCUGGCGAGAAGUCAUUUGGCUCCCGACUGCCCGUCUUUAACUGGUUGCCGGAGAUGCAACGACCGGCACCAUACCCUAUUGCACGGGGCGUCUCAGUUGGACGAGGUAUCCCUCAACAUCGAGGCCAUUACAACCCCAGCCUUCGCAUGGGAUUUGGUGUUUGUACCAACAGCGAUGGUACGCAUAACGGCCGAGGGCAUGGAGGGGUUCAGUAUGCUGCGAGCCAUUAUUAGCCAAUCUGCGACGAUGUCUAAGAUUUCGUACGCCGCGUUCCGUCGCCUGGGUCUGCAGUCGCGGAACUACAGAGGGGAGCGAUUCACCACCUUCACCGUUUCGCCCCGCCGCACAAACUCUACUUGGAGUCUGAAGGUAAAUGCGCUAAUAAUCGAAGACCUGCCCAGACGCAUUUACUCAGACCCGAUACUUGAAGACCCCACUAGAUGCUUUACAAAUUACGCCCUUGCUGACCCUGAUCCCCGAGGAAAUAGUCCAAUCGAUGUGGAACUGGGAGCGGACACGUACUCCGCCAUAAGGAAAGAUGGGUGUACAGCAGCUGGAAUUGGAGAUGUCCUGGCGUACAACACUCAACUGGGCUACGUGUUUGCUGGGCCAAUCAAGAACAUGCCGAGGAACUGAAGACCGAGGAUCCUUAUGUGAACAUUCAAAGUACUACAAAAAGCAAAAUUACAAAAUACAAAAAACAUUACAAAAUUGUUAAAAUAUUUUACAAAGACGUUCCAAAACAUACAACAAAAAGUGAAAUUACUGUACAAAAUACAUACACCUAUAUAAUAA